AUGACACAGCAAGUGCAGCAGCUGCAGUUGCAACCGCAACAGCAGUUGCAACCGCAGUCGGAACUGCUGUUGCGGCUGCAACAGCUGUUACAGCAACAAUCGUUGCAGAUGCAACAAAACCAAACGGAGCUUGCUACCCUGCGGCAGCAAGUACAGGAAUUGGGCGAACGGCAACAUGCUGGGCUUAUCCCGCAGCCACAGCACCAGCCAAAGCACCAGCCGCCGCACCAGUCGCCGCACCAGCCGCCGCAGCCGCAACACCAGCCGACGCAUCCAACGUAUCACUCCCCAUUAGCCGGGCUCUACGGGCCGGAACAGCCAACCGCAUACAGGUCAGAACAGCGGCUGUUCCGGCAACGCCGCAGAGAGGCGAGGCGGCUGUGGCGGCAAUCAACGUGCCGUGACGGUUGCGGCCGCGGCGGCGGCCGCAGUUACUGCCCCUGCAGCGGCCCGUGCGGAUGCACGCACAACUGCGGCGCGGGCCGCAGCAGCUGUAGUUGCUGCUGCGGGCGGCACACUUGAAGUGAGUACGACGAUAAUAUCUGUAUAAGUAAUAAUGACACAGAUAAUAUAAAAAUAUG